AUGCGUUAUGAAGUUCUUGUCUCAGAACUGUUUAAUUUCAAACCAAGGAGCCCAGAAAGGGGAAAGGUUAGGGAAGCUAUUGCUCAGCAACUGAAUGCCAUUGACCAGCCAAAGUUCAGAGUCUCUGCCAGACCUGUCCGUCACAGGUACUCUCUCUUGACUGCAAAGCAAGCCCAAAAAUUGAGGGACGAGGAGAAAGCGUCAGGAAUUCAUGUGGAAAUAUCAGAACUGGAUAG